UUGGGUUUAACAUAAAGCAUGAGAACGUAAGACCGUAUCGCAUGAAGAGCAAUAGAAACAAAGGUAUAAAUACGGCAACUUCUCAUCCUUUAUCAGCUCUUUCCAUCCACACACCAUAUCAUUCUUUCUUUCUAUACUCUUCAGAACCACUUUCCAGCGAACAAUGAUUUUUCUCAAGCUCUUUUUUGCCGUAUUUUUGAUGGUAUUCACCCUGUUUGACGAUGCUAAAGCAACAAAUUGUCAAGCAGUCGGUACAUACAACAUGAAUAGCAUCGGAUUCGGCAGCGGUGGCACAACUUACUCUUCCUCUAAUGGAGUUAAAAUUUACAAAGAUGGUAAUCUUGUCGGUAGUGCUGAUGGCAGUGAUUUUAAUGUUUGCACGGAUUAUUAUGCCGUAAAAUCACAACUUCCAAUCGCUUUUGGUUGGGCGUCAACAUGCGCCUUUGGCUUUUUUGACGAAUGUCACGGCUCCUACGGCGAUCAAACUCAUAUCGUUGGUGAAAAGCCGGAAACUUCAACUGAUUUCUACGGUUUCGGUAUCGAUACUAUUUCAACUUGUAAGAUCAACUUCAACUGCUGAGCGCGAGAUCAGAGCUUUUGCAAGUUGUCAAAAGCAUAAUGGACUAUUUACCAUGUCAAGUUCUUUGAAGUCAUUCCAUCAUCAAAUCAUGUAUGCAUCGUGACAUUUCAUUCGAAUCGAAUUGACAUUGUAGUACCGGGAGAGCUGUGAACACAAUACAGCAAGCGAGAGAGAGUGGGG